AUGGAAGGAAACUAUCUGACCAGAAACACGCAUAAAGGGGAUAGGUUUGGCUUUGAGGAGCAUUCAUGGGGAAGUUCAUGGCCUGCUAGAAACUAUGCCUGUAGCUUUUGCAAGAGAGAGUUCAAAUCUGCUCAAGCCUUGGGUGGCCACAUGAAUGUUCACAGAAGGGAUAGGGCAAGAUUGAGAUCUUCCUUACCCACAUCAUCAUGGGUUUCUGAGUGUCCUAAACCUAACCCUAGCAUUAAGCCUAACCCAACUCAACUUUCACCUUCCUCUCCAUCAUCCUGUCUAUCUAACAAUAACCUUUUGAAUUGUGCUCAUAGUUCUCCACUUUAUAACCCUUCUCUGACUUUGUCCUUUUCACUUACCCCGCCGGUUUCUCUCAAUAGCGAUAAGAAACCAAAACUCGCAUCUUCCCAGCUUCUUCCUCUUUCGGUUCCUCAGGUCAAUGAGGAAAUUAACAAAGGGAUUGGUUCGGGAGUUGAAGAAGUACAGGGUUAUGCAAUAGGGGAGGAAUGCAAGGUUUGCAAGAGUAGUGAGCAUAACAUCAAGCUGGAGUUGGGAAUAGGGUUUAUUAAACAACCAGAGAAGUUAGAUUUGGAGCUACGAUUGGGGCACUAA